AUGUAAAAACUAGCCGUCUUGGCAUUAGUUCUUGCUAUCACAGCUGCUAAGUUUGUUGAUACUCAUACUAGCUUGGCUUAAAUUAAUGCUGAUCCUUUUGGACAUGUCGUAUUGUCAGCUAUUAAGGCUCACCUUCUUGCUUAAACUCCAGCCAAUGAAGUUAACAUGUUGUUGAAUGGUGUUGGUGCUGGUAUUGUACAAGACUAAAACGAUCAUGAUCACGCAUUUGAACUUGAUACAACUACAAACAAUAGAGUAAUGAUUUGUGUAAUAUUCAGAUUGUUGAAGAUUUAGAGAAAGAGAUCUUAUAUCAUCAAAAUCAAAUUGCUUCCAACACCUAAUUGAGAGACGAUACUAUUGAAGCAUUGGCAGUCUCAGAAGAAGACAUCAGAGUUACUAUUGCAGAUAUUGCUAACAACGAAGCUACCUAUGCUAGAGAAGAAGCCACAAGAAAUUAAUAACAUGAAACCUUUGUUGCUAAAGUUGCUGCCAUCGAUGAUGUUAUUGAUGCUAUUGAUGAAGCUGCUAAAUUGAUCUAACAUUUAAGUCUUGGUGCCUCAUUUGCCUAAUUAAAGAGCAAAUAUGACACACUUCACAAGAAACUUUCAGAUAACACUAGUCACAGUGCUUUAUUACAAGUAUUUAAAUAGUGAAUACAUCUAUAGCCAGUCAUCACUGCUCUUACAGAACUUGCUACUCACGGAGUCAACCAAAAAGCUUUGACUAAGAUUGCUUAACUUUUGAGUGAAAUUAGACAAUAAUUAGUCAGCGAGAAAGCAGCCAAGACUGUAUAUAAUAAAUCUUAAUAAUUAAGGAUGUUGAAGAGAGAUAAGCUGCACAUUGGGCUGAAUUCUCUGUCCAUUUGGCUAAUGAACACACCAGAUUAGUUGAAAGAAAAGCUUAAUUGGAAGUCUAAAUCUAAGAAUAAAAAGAUACAAUUGAAGAUGCUUAAUCAUGGAUCGAAUUCCACACUUUGGAAUUAGAAAACAGUGAAGAAAGACUUGCUGGAUAAUAAGCAUGGUAUGCUGUUUAAUCCCAAAUCUAUGAAACCUAAACUGCUGAAAGGUAUGAUAUUUUAUAGUUAUUAUCUUAUAGAGAAGCCCAAUAAGAAAUAGUUGACAGACUCUAAGAACACAUUAGUGAAAAAUUGUCAACCACAGCACAAUUCAUUGCCAGCAGAAACUGAUUUCAUUAACAAAUAAUAUCAAUUAUCAUUAACAUCCUUCC